AUGUGGUAUACUCUUCCAUGGUCUUUUGAAAAAAAAUUUCAGAUACCAAUUAUACAUGAAUAUAAUCAUAAAAGAAAACUAUAUACAUUACCUUCAUCAUCUAAUAUAAUUAUUCCACCCAAUAUUUUGACUUUAAAUGAACAAGCUAAUAUUUCACCAUUACCUCACUUUUAUUUUGUUCCUUCGAAAAUUCUUCAACAUAAUAAUCAAUCUUCUUAUUAUCAUGACAUUCAAACAACUAUUCCUAUAACAAUUCCAGCUGAUCGUAUUAUUGUAAUAGAUUGUCUUGAAAGAAUAACCGACUUUAUAUAUACACGAAAUCUUCGUUCUAUUCAUAUUAUUUUGAAUUUUUCACAAACAUUUACAACUAUUAAUUGGAAAUUUGUACGUAUAUUUUCAUUUCUUCCGUUGUUAAAGUCAUUCCGCAUAACGAUACGUAAUUCUGAAAGUAUUCUUGAAGAUGAACAUUGUCAAUUGAUUGCAGAGAGAGUACUAAAACUAACUGAUUUUGUGUUUUGUUUUCGAAGAGACAGUGGUCCCAUCGAUGAUACUAAUGAUCAAUUCAAUAUUCAUCAAAAGUCAAUUUUAAAUUUAUAUAAUCAUAUAUCCAUAUUAAUUCGAGAUCAACAACAUAAGAUUCUUCUCGAAACAGAUGGAUGUGGAUUGACGAUAUGGCUAUGA